UCCCCCCCCCCCCCCCCCCCCCCCCCCAAAACUUUUGUUUUCUACAUCUGAUCCAUGAACAAAACCUGUCACAAAAUCAUAUUCUUUAUGGGUUUUACAGCUAAGGAUGUUCUUGAAAGGGGACAAAUAAAUGAGAAUUCUAGAUGAACCAAAAAGCAGGUUCACGGUAUGUACUUGAAGAACACAUCUCCAUAUUCUCUGAAAACCAUUAAAGAUCAUUGCUUUCUUGUCUUUUUGAGUUAAAUUAGGGCUUUUUUGGCUAUUUUGACCCAUACCCAUUUCAACCCAUUUGCAUUUCUUGACAUUAAUGGUGUCUACCUCAUUUAUUCUUUGUGGGUAUUAUAUAUUUUCAAGAAUCUUGGUUGUUGAGGUAGAACAAGAACAAGAACAUAAGCAUAAGUUGAAGCUAAGGUUGACUUUAGGUUUGAUUCUUGAUCUUUAUUUGAAAAACAUGACCUUUGCUGGCUCCUUUGGAUGAUAGGUAGUAAACAUUGGUGUUGUUUUGAAUGAUAUAUAUAUAUAUACAUAUAUGUAUAGUUUUAUGUCGGGUAAUAGUUACUUAGAUAUGGUCAAACCCUGUUGGAAAGGGAGACUAGGAGGGGUGCAAAAUGGAAGAACAAAUGGGUUGUUGUGGUACAAGGAUUUGGGGAGUCAUGUGAGCGGUGAGUUUUCGAUGGCGGUUGUUCAAGCCAACAAUUUGUUGGAGGAUCAAAGCCAAGUUGAAUCGGGCCAAUUGUGUUCGUCGAAGAACGGGAUUUAUGGGACGUUUAUUGGCGUUUACGAUGGACAUGGUGGACCGGAAACGUCACGGUUCGUGAAUGAACAUUUGUUCUCCAAUCUUAAGAAAUUUGCGUCUCAAGAUGAAGAAAUGUCGGCGAAUGUGAUUAGAAAAUCUUUCUUGAAAACCGAGGAGGAAUUUAUCUCUCUCGUUAGAGAUCAAUGGUGUACGUGCCCGCAAAUUGCCUCGGUGGGCACGUGUUGUUUGGUGGGAGUUAUUUGUAACGGGUUAAUAUACAUUGCAAACGCCGGUGAUUCACGGGUGGUCUUGGGGAGAUCAGAGAGAGGCGGUAGAGGAAUCUUGGCCAUUCAAUUAUCCGAAGAACACAAUGUGAACCGCGAGCCUAUACGAGAUGAGCUUCAGUCGUUGCAUCCCGAGGAUCCAAAGAUUGUGGUUAUGAAACAUAACGUUUGGCGUGUUAAAGGGCUAAUUCAGGUCUCGAGAUCAAUAGGUGAUGCGUAUUUAAAAAGUCCCGAGUUCAAUAGAAAGCCGCUUUUGCCAAAGUUUAGGCUUGCGCAACCGUUUUCAAUGCCUAUCCUUAGUCCCGAGCCUUCAAUCUCCAUACAUGAAAUAAACUCGAAAGAUGAGUUUCUAAUAUUUGCAUCCGAUGGUCUAUGGGAGCAUCUUAGCAACGAAGAAGCCGUUAAUAUCGUCCAUAACUACCCACGUAAUGGGAUUGCACGGAAACUAGUUAAGGCGGCCCUUCGCGUAGCAGCAAAAAAACGAGAAAUGAGAUAUUCGGAUUUGAAGAAAAUCGAAAGAGGAGUGAGGAGACAUUUCCACGACGAUAUUACAGUUGUGGUUGUUUUUCUCGACCCGUCUUUAAUGAAUAUCACUUCAAGUUUCUCUAUAAAAGGAGGCGUCGGGCUACCCGCCCCUAACAAGUUCUGCAUGUAGAUUCGGACACAAAGCGCAACGGUUAUUGUGUUCUUCGAAUCUGUUUCGUAUGGGAAUCGAACCCAUUUGCUCAACUUUUAUGCAAUUUCGAUUCGAAUAUGUAAAAAGAUUCUAUUUGGAUUGUAUUUUGAUUUAUAAUAAGUUUAGUUGUUUACCCUUUAAAGUA